UUUUGUUUGUUUAGUUCUUGUGUUUGUUUUCAUUUUCUUGUGCAGUCUGACACAACCUUGUGUUGGUCACUGGAAUAUAAUUCGAGAGCUUCAGCGGAAUUUCUGACCGCCAAGACAACAAAUACAUUGCUUCUGUGGAUGUUUAUUUUCUGCCACGCAGCUGGCUCCUGGAAUCCAAGAAAGGGACAGUGCUUUUGCUUUGCGAGGUGCUGACAAGGAGCUGGUGGCCGAAGCCUGUUGGGCAAAUGGCCUGGCCUUGCAGUAUGCUCCAGAUUUCAAGGAUGAUUGGGAGGUGGUGAUGUGUGCUGUCUCCAAGAAUGGGACUGCACUAAUGUGGGCUUCAGAUGUGCUGCAGGCGGACAAAGAGGUCGUCCUGCGAGCAGUCCAGGAAAAUGGUGGGGCGCUGGCCUAUGCUUCCCAGGAGCUGCGUGCAGACCGUGAUGUAGUUUUAGCAGCUGUACAGCAACGGGGCAUCUCUUUGCGGUACGCUGCACAGGAAUUAAAGGGCGACCCUGAGGUGGUCAAGGCGGCUGCAAGGCAGAGUAAACGCGCCCUUAUGUAUGCUGCAGAGUUCUUGAAGAAGGAUGCUGCAUUUAUUCGAGAAGCGUCGAGUCAGGUGGCCGUGGCUGUGCAGGAAUCAGUUAUAUCUGAGCCAGUUCCACCAUGCUACGGACCUGGACUGUAGGGCCCAAAAGAUUGAGGAGACCUAAUGAAACCUGUUAGUCAAGAUGCCGAAGGAGUCAAUACUUCCGCUGAGGCGAUG